UUAAAUGUCCCGUUUUGGGGGAUGAAGAGACAGACUGGAUGGGUUGGUGUGUGCUCGUGGAGCAGAGAGAAAGGGGGAAUACACUUCUGCCUUAAAUUGGUCUGAGUCCUUGUCUCGGACGACCCAACUCUGUGACUAUUACGCAUCAUGGCUAAGCUGGUGGAGUGUGUGCCCAAUUUCUCAGAGGGCCGGAACAAAAAGGUGAUUGAUGCCAUAGCAGAGGCCAUCUCCAGCACGGAGGGAUGCAGCCUGCUCGACGUGGACCCUGGAUCCUCCACCAACCGCACAGUCUACACCUUUGUAGGCUCGCCACAGGCUGUGGUGGAGGGUGCACUGAAUGCUGCACGCACUGCCUUCCCACUCAUUGAUAUGACCAAACACUCAGGGGAGCAUCCACGGAUGGGCGCCAUGGACGUGUGUCCCUUCAUCCCUGUCCAGAAUGUCACUAUGGAGGACUGUGUCAACUGUGCCAACAUAUUUGCCCAGCACUUAACAGAUGUGCUGCAUGUACCUGUGUAUCUUUAUGGAGAAGCAGCGAGGAAGGAGAACAGGAGAUCUCUUCCCUCUGUCCGGGCAGGGGAGUAUGAGGCCUUGUCUGAGAAAUUGAAGAAGACAGAGUGGGCUCCUGACUAUGGCCCUGCCGCCUUCGUGCCCUCCUGGGGAGCUACAGUAGCAGGCGCUCGCAAAUUCCUGGUUGCCUACAACAUAAACCUACUCAGCACCAAGGAACAAGCCCAUCGGAUUGCACUAGAUAUCCGGGAACAGGGCAGAAGCAAAGACCAGCCGGGUCUGCUGAAGAAGGUGCAGGGAAUGGGCUGGUACCUGGAAGAGGCGAACAUAGCCCAGGUGUCCACCAACAUCCUGGACUUUGAGCUGACGCCCGUCCACACUGUUUACGAAGAGAUCUGCAGCGCUGCCAAGGACCUGAACCUGCCAGUGGUGGGCUCUCAGAUUGUAGGCAUCAUGCCUCUGAGAGCCGUGCUGGACUGUGCCGACUUUUACAUCCAGAGAGACAGGCUCUUCAUUGUGGAGGAGGAGCACAAAGUCCGUCUGGUCAUCAGUAAACUUGGGCUCGAUUCACUUGGGCCUUUCGACCCCAAAGAGAGAAUCAUAGAGUACAUGGUGGAGAGGACUGAGGAGGACAAGCGUCUGGUGUCUCUGUCUCUGCAGCAGUUUGUCCGCAGCGUGGGGGCCAGAACCGCUGCUCCAGGAGGAGGGUCAGUCUCUGCUGCCGUCGCUGCAAUGGGGGCUGCUCUGGGAGCCAUGGUGGGUCAGAUGACCUAUGGGAAGAGGCAGUUUGACAGCCUGGACAGCAUAAUGCGGAGACUCAUCCCUCCCUUUCAUCAGGCCAUGAAUGAACUGCUGGUCAUGGUGGAUGCAGACUCCAAGGCGUUCAGUCGCUACAUGGCUGCAUUGAAGAUGCCAAGAAACACAUCAGAUGAAGUCAAAAGACGAGAACCGUUACAGAAUCACCCACCACAACGGGACCAAGCAGCGUGGUAACAGGCAACAGCAGGAGCAACAAAGAGAGGAAUGGACAUGGGAGGACGAAUUGUACGGAGAAGGACAUUGGGAUCAGCCUGGAGAAUAUCGCCGCCCCAAAGAAGAACUGGAGGCGGCAAAAGCUGAGGCGCUGGUAUGAGGAGGCAACACGGCGACCCGGAUGGAAGCCUGAGAGUUAGCCCCAAAAAUUUCUUGGGAAAUUUCUUGGGCUCACAGGGAGUAUGGCGACGCUAGGUAGGAGACCUACGCCAACUUCCUGUGGUUACCGGGGGGCUAGAGAGACCGAGCAGGCACCGUGUUAUGCUGUGGUGCGCACGGUGUCUCCAGUGCGGGUGCAUAGCCCGGUGUGGUUUAUUCCAGCUCCGCGUAUCGGCCGGGCUAGAUUGAGCGUCGAGCCAAAUGCCAUGAAGCCAGCUCUACGCAUCUGGUCCCCAGUGCGUCUCCUUGGGCCGGCUUACAUGGCACCAGCCUUGCGCACGGUGUCCCCGGUUCGCCUGCAUAGCCCAGUGCGGGCUAUUCCACCUCGCCGCACUGGUAGAGCGACCGGGAGUAUUCAACCGGGUAAGGUUGGGCAGGCUCGGUGCUCAAGAGCUCCAGUGCGCCUGCACGGUCCGGUCUACCCAGUACUACCUCUACGCACCAGCCCUCCGAUGGCAGCUCCCCGCACCAGGCUUCCUGUGCGUGUCCUCGGCCCAGUACCACCAGUGCCAGCACCACGCAUCAGGCCUACAGUGCGCCUCGCCUCUCCAGCGCUGCCCGAGCCUUCCUCCUCUCCUGCGCUGCCGGAGUCUCCCGCUUGUUCAGCGCUGCCGGAGUCUCCCGCCUGUUUAGCGCAGCCAGAGCUGUCAGUCUGCAUGGAGCAGCCAGAGCUGCCAGUCUGCAUGGAGCAGCCAGUCUGCAUGGAGCAGCCAGAGCUGCCAGUCUGCAUGGAGCAGCCAGAGCUGCCAGUCUGCAUGGAGCAGCCUGUCUCUGUUUGUUGUUCACCAGAUAGGCUGUAUAGGUUUCCACGUUCCGUUUGUCGUUUUGUAUUGUUAGUUAUUUCAUGUUGAGUUCCCUUUCAUUAAAGAACAUGAAUAACACCACGCUGCAUUUUGGUCCGCUUCUCCUUCGACAGACGAGAACCGUUACAUGCUCCAAAUCUAAUUUCUCUACUCUUCCUCUUUCUUAUACCUAUCCCCACCCAUAAUCCUGCUUCUACCCCUACCCUGGUCUUCCUCUUCCCCUAUUCCUGCCUUCCCAUUACCCCUAUCCCUGUUCCUG